AUGGGACGCCCUAAGAGAAACGUUCUUGCCGCCGCAGAGGCUGCUCUGACACCACCUGAUGCUCUCGAGCCUAACCAGUCUCUUGUUCGCGUUGUCAAGCCUGAGGGAAACAAUUUGUACACCUGCGAACUGCCCAACACCAAAACCCUGCUCUUGGAGUUGGCCCAGCGAUUUCGAAACACUAUUUGGAUUAAACGCGGCGGAUUUGUCUUGGCCGAGAUAUACCAAGAUAGCAAAGAGGAUACUCGAGCAGAUGGAGAGAUCGUGAAUGUGGUCCGAGAUGAGAAGGCUUGGCGCAAACAGUCCUACUGGCCCAAGGAAUUUGUCAAGAAGAGCACAUAUGACCUGAGCGACUCUGAAGAAGAAUCCAACGUCGGCAAAAUGCCCCCAAGUGACUCCGAAGAUGAGUGA